AUGCGAACUGUGAUCUCGAUUGAUUUCGUGGUCACAGACCGGGCUGGGGUCGUGGAGAACCGGCACGGCGUCCACGCGGCCAUCGUCGACGCCAGCGGUCGGCUGUUGUAUGCCGUGGGCGAUCCGACCAGGAUGACCCUCGUCCGAUCCGCAGCCAAGCCUGCUCAAGCUCUGGCUAUUGUCGAAACGGGCGCAUUGCAGAAAUUCAACCUGGACGAUGCGGACCUCGCCCUGAUGUGCGCGUCGCACAGCAGCGAAGAUCGACAUAUCGCGCGGGCACGGAGUAUUUUGGCGAAAAUAGAGUCCAACGAAGACGACCUUCAAUGCGGCGGCCAUCCUGCCGUUUCGAAUGCUGUCAAUCUGUCGUGGAUCAAGGCAGAUUUUACUCCCACUGCAGUCUACAGCAAUUGCUCCGGAAAGCACGCCGGAAUGAUCGCCGGGUCGAAAGCGCUGGGUGCAGACGUGCAAACCUACCAUCUGCCUACUAAUCUCAUGCAAGUACGAGUAAAGCAGGUUGUAGAUGAGAUCUGUCAUCUUGAUGAGAAUGGAUCGAAAUGGGGCAUCGAUGGGUGCAACCUUCCAGCGCCCGGUUUCCCGCUUCAUUGCCUGGGCCGCAUGUAUGCCGUCUUUGCCGAGGGGGCCAGCCAAGUAUCAUUCAAUGGCUCUGAAACAACUCCAAGAACACAGGCACUGGGCCGUGUCUUCCAUGCUAUGUCUCAAUAUCCCGAGCUUGUCGCGGGCGACGACCGAUUUUGCACUGUCCUCAUGAGAGCAUUCCAGGGCUCCUUGAUUGGCAAACUUGGAGCAGCCGGUUGUUAUGGUAUUGGCAUUAAGUCUUCGGACCGAACAAGAGAGCUCGGGGCCAAGGGUGCUCUGGGCAUUUCCGUGAAGAUCGAGGAUGGUAAUAUCGAUAUUUUGUACUCCGCGGUUGCGGAGAUUUUGGAGCAACUUCAAAUCGGCACGCCGGAGAUUCGACACCAAAUUUCUCGGUUCCAUCGUCCCGAGAUCAAGAAUACUGUUGGUAUUGUGACGGGAAAGACAUACCAUUCGUUCAAAGUGCGCCCGGCUUAA